CUCACCUGCAGACUACUAUCGUGUUUUCUCCCCGCAGGAGUGGUCUCGUACUCAACCAAAUACGUUUUGUUUAUCAGCGGUAUUCGUUUUGCAAUGAACUUCGACGCGGAAAACACUGUCGGUGAUCCCGGACCCUCGACAACCGCUGCACAAGAGCCUGACUUGGUCCCUCAAGCCGUGCAAUCCAUACUGGCGGACACCAUUAACAGUUUCUUGACUGAGACUGGAUAUAGUCCGGGGCUCCUGAUCGAGCUACGUGCACAGCGCGACUGGCUCGACCGACUGCGCGAUGAGAAUGCGCGACUAUUCCACGAUAACAGCAAGCUCGCCCAGUUGGUCCCCCAGUUGGUCGCCAUGCAGAACGAGCGCAUCGCGGCAGGCAGGCCAGUGGAGAGUGGCAGCGGAGCGAACAGGACACCUCGCACACAUGCACAGGAUGGGAAUGUCAUGCAUGAGCUGCAGCAGAGGAUACAGGAGAUUGAGGCAGAUUAUAACAGGCUCCUCGUCCGGCACAACGAGCUCAUAGCACAGCAUCAACAUGUGAUACAGGAGAACGAAGUGUUGAGAGCAGAGAAUUCACGUUUGAGACAGUGUGCACCACCGCCGGAGCUGGCUGCGCAUUUUCCUAUGAUGCCACUGCAGGCCCCGGCUUCUCAACAGCCAAAAAAUGCACUGCCUAAUUUCUUUGGGCAAUCAUUACAUUUUAUCCCAAGGAAGAGUGCGAUUUCAGGGCCCAGUACAAUAUCUCCAUCAAACGGACUGAUUCCAAGUAGUGGCAGUACAGUACCGUCCACCGUGGCGAUGAACACCAUGGAGAUUGGCCAGCAGCCGGUGCAGUCCGUUCGUGGGACGAAAGAUGCGCAGGUGAUUGAUCUGACUGACGAUGAUGAGGCAGAGGUGAAGGUGGGGGUCCAAACGUCAAGUAUGGAUGUGGACACACAUCAACGUGACAAUGCAACGGCAUCGCGCCAUCAUGAACUCGAUGGAGGUGCGGAGACUGAGAAAAGCAUGGGCAUGAGUGCUGCAGUGCGUAGCGAUGCGGUCGAAGGCGAGGAUGACUUGCCGGGCGACCGGCUGCAAGAGUUCAUUGACCAGGUCUUCAUCGCGGACGAGGAAGAGGAAAACAGUGGGAAGCUCUGGUGCCGGAUGUGCGAGGCUCGGCACAAAGCAGGCGCGUUUUCAGAACCCCCUGAGCCAUUCGUGAACGCGCCCAUCAAGCAGCUCGCGCAGCACUGGAAGGAGAAGCAUCCUGCUGCUUGGGAGACGCUGAAGCAGCGCGUGCUGGAGAAGCAGAGCUCAGACUAGACAUCUGUUUGCUGCGAAAGAUAUAACGAAUCGAUCAAAAGGACACGGCUUAACAGUCUCGCGGAUGUACCAGUAAUAUCAAGCGUGAUGUUGUGCGAGGUGCGAAUACAUAGGGCAGGAUCCCUCAUCUGAUG